AAAAUACCACUGAACACCAUGUGGAUUGCCAACUGCAUGGAUACAGUGGGAGAUGCCAACAUCAGUUCUGGGAGGUCCUUUGUGUUGGGCUGGCCCACGGUAAACUUUGUGGCCACCUUCAGUUCUUCAGAACAAAAGGAAAAAUGGCGUUCUUACCUUCAAAGGUACAUCAUGCUAGCCAAAGAGAAGGAGCAGCCAAAAAGCAUUCUCCUCAAAAUCUUCACUGAGAACAUCAAGAACUGUGCCUGUUCCGUAACUAUAACAGUGACAAAUUCCGACACGGCAAAUGACACUAUCAACAUGUUACUAACAAUGCUGGGAAUAACCGGCUCUGAGAAAGACUUCCAGCUGUGGGUGAGUUCUGGCAAGGAAAAACUUCCACUAACUGGACAUGAACAUCCCUAUGGAAUUAAAAUGAGCCAUCUUCCAUCUACUAAACUGCUGCCAAAGGAAGCAGAGGACUCCGUCUCUCCUUCCCCUACUCAGGAGUCCCUCCUUCUGGAGCAGAAGAUCACAGACAUGCAAAUCCAUUUCAUACUGAAGCCCAGGCACCCAGCCCAGAACAAGCAAGGGAGAGAUUCAGGCCAGAAGACCAUGAAAAGCACUGUUUUCAGAGACUGGGCCUUUUGGUGGCGCGCUGGCACUUGCCAGAAAAACCACUGCAGAGUUGCACCAUCUGCAAAACCACGACAACUCUUUGGGGUUUCCCUCACAGAUAUCUGUGAUAAGGACAACUUGCCCUUCCCAAUACUGGAUAUGCUUUCCGUGAUCAAUCAGAAAGGACCACUCCUGGAAGGCAUCUUCAGAAAACCAGCCUGUAUAAAUUCAUGCAGAAACCUAAAAGAGAAACUAAAUUCUGGGGACAGAGUUAACUGUUACAGCAAAUCUGUUCAUGUGGUAGCAUGUGUUUUAAAGGAUUUUCUUGAAAAUAUCGAAGGAAGUUUACUUUCAUCGGACCUCUAUGAAAAAUGGCUUGGUGUUCUUGACGAAGUGACUCAGAAGGAAAAAUAAAUGCUGCCCAGAGGCUUCUAACACAGCUGCCAAAAGCGAAUGUUGUUCUCUUGCGAUACCUUUUCGGUGUGUUAUACAACAUUGAGCAACAAUCCUCAUCCAAUCAGAUGACAGCUUAUGAUUUAUCAGUGUGUAUAGCCCCAAGUAUUCUUUGUCCACCUAAUACCUGCAACUUGGAAUUGGAAGACAACUUCAUUAAAAAGGCUUCUCUUAUACAGUUUUUGAUUGAAAAUUGCCUCGGGAUAUUUGGAGAAGACAUCACUUCUCUCUUGGGAGAGAAUUCAAAGAGUUGUCAUAACAAUGAGAAGGCUGCAGUCCCAGAAGAGUAUGGAAGAAAAAGAAAGUCACUGGGUGUGAAAGACAUGCCUCAGCAAUAGGAGUACAGGCCAAUUUCCCAGGACCAGAGAGCAGUCUGGACCCCGCAGCGGCUAUUUAUAUACAUCAAUGACACAGAGCAAUCAGAUAAGUGGCACUUCACCAUUUUACAACCUGUCUGGCACCAGAACACUCCAGAACAGACACACUCAUGGGGGCAAUUAAGAAAACCUAAAUCUCUACCAGUCUUGGAACAGAGAAUCAAACUGGACAACAAGUGAGCUAUUUAGAACUACAGAACUGUACAUUUCUGACUUAUGCCAGUGUAUAGACGGAGAUUGCUAUCAGUGCAUAUAGAAUAUAUGAUCCAUGCAUUGUUUUCCCUUUCCCAGAAAGGGUUCUCUCGUCAAAUAGGCUUGGGAAAUUCAUAUUUUCCUUUUGGAAGUCAAAUGCACCAGUUUUUCCCAGAUUUAUUUGACAUUAUUCGACCCUUUUGAAGCGACCCCAUUCAUUAAUGA